AUGGCACUUUGGAUCUUGCGCUUUGGACUUGCAAGGUUAUCUAUGAAUUUUCUUCGUACUGCUAUCCGUCGAUACUCUGUCAUGUCUUCAAUAGAGUCGCUGAAACUGUCGGAAUGCUCGCCAUUCACCAAUGUCGUCGUUAGCUCGAUGAGGAAGCUAUAUCCAGAGGCAUUGGCUGACAAAAGCUUCGAUAACACCGGAUUGCUCCUCGAAGCUCCCUACGACAAGUCUCGGCCAAACAAGAACUCAGUUCUCCUAGCCAUUGACCUCACCACAGCGGUCGCCAACGAAGCCAUUGCAAACCGCAACUCAAUCAUCGUCGCAUACCACCCCAUCAUCUUCCGCGGCCUCAAAUCCCUCACCCUAGCUGACACCCAACAACGCUCCCUCCUCCGACUAGCCCAACAUGGCAUCAGCGUCUACUCCCCCCACACAGCAGUCGACACCGUCCCCAACGGCAUGGCCGACUGGCUCUGCGACGUCGUAACGGGCGUCUUCACCUCGACCAAACCAACCUCAACCCCACCAAUCCCAUCCUGCACCUCAACCAUGUACUCCGCACCCACAUACCCAGACUCGGCCACACUGUCGCUCGCUCCCGUAAACUCAACCCAACGCGAAACCCCCCAGCACACAAGAAGCACAAUCCACCCGUCCCCCUCGAUCCCCGAAGGCUUCGAGUCCGCCGGUGCAGGAAGACUAAUCUCCUUCUCCGAGCGUCAGCCGCUCACAUCCCUCAUCGACAACAUCGCCGCCGGAAUCGGAUUGCCUGGCGGUAUUCCCAUCGCCAUUCCACAGGGGAAGUCUGUGGACGACAUCUCCAUUCUCACGGUGGGAAUGUGUCCUGGUUCUGGGUCGAGCGUGCUGAUGAAAGGUGAGCUGCCUGAUCUCUUGCUUACGGGUGAGAUGAGUCACCAUGAGGCGCUCGCUGCUACUGAGCAGGGGUCUGUUGUUAUUUCGCUGUCGCAUACGAAUUCCGAGCGUGGGUACUUGCGGGCUGUUAUGCAGCCGUUGUUGUUGGCUCAUAUUAGGGAGGACUGGGAGAGGGCUCUGAAGGAGUCAGAGGAGGCUAUUGGCGAGCUGGAUAUGUCUGAUGGGAAGCCUUCGGCUGGUGUGUUGGAUCUGAAGGACCUUAAGGAGCUGGGCGAGGUGGACGUUUCUGUUAGUGAUGCUGAUCGGGAUCCUUAUGGGAUUAUGAUUUGGCGAGGGAAUUAG